AUGACGGAAGAACUCAUACAAAACUGGAUGGUCGUCCGGUGGGCUGUCUCCCUUGGGUCCUCUGCUGUGGUCAGUAUGAGGGAGCGUGAUCGACUUGAAUUACCUUCCAAGAUAGGGGAGAUACAGUAUAUAUUGGAGAGUGAUGUGCUGCAGCAGUCUGAUAAGCAAUAUUCUGCAAAUGACCUAUCGGCAACAUUCAACCAAAAAAGCGUCAAUGGAGAGUCAGUCCUUUUAGCGAAGGCAUCAAAUACAGAACUCCAAGUAGAUCUCUGGUCGCUUGGCGGCUUGCAAGGGGAGAAGGAUCCCUUCAUUGUUGAAUGUCAAGUGUACAAUUACUUGAUCAAGAACAAACUGGGCGGCGUGGUUGGGCCUUGCUGCCAUGGCUGGCUCAAGCUUGACAAAGCUCAAAAACAAUAUAUGGAACGGAAGUUCCCCCAAUCCCUAAGUGAGGAACAGGCAUAUAGUCACCCAAUAAAGAAUUCAGAAUAA